UUGAUCCAACCAAAGCAAAAACACUUGAAAUACCAAUCAAUCUUCUGUCAUAUUCUAACAACAAACCUCUACUUCAUCUCGUUAUUUUCUAAGCUUCAUUUUCAUCCCCAUAAAACAAAACCCAAGCUAAAUUAUUAAUGCUCUCAUUCCAAAACCCUCUUUCUAUCUCUUUUUUCUGAGUUCACAAACACCAUGCACAAGCGACUCAGGCAACUUUUCACUUGUGUUAAAGAACACAGCAGUGUCAGUUAUGCUAAAGUUGCAACAGCAGGAGGAUUUUGCGAUGUUGAACUCAUCAUUGUGAAGGCAACAGCCCCAGAUGAUUUACCAUUACCAGAUAAAUACGUUCAUGAGCUUCUCAAAAUCUUCUCCGUCUCUCCUUCGUCGUUUCGCGCCUUUUCGAUCAGCUUCACUCGACGUUUCACCAAGACUCACAGCUGGAGAGUUGCACUUAAAUGUUUGAUUCUCCUCCACCGUUUGCUAAGGUCACUGCCUGAAAACAGCCCUUUCCGAACCGAGUUGUUAUGGACCCGAACCAACGGUUACCUGUCUCUGAACCCGUGUUACUUUAGAGAUGAGUCGUCGUCGACCCCGGAAGAUUACAACGGAUUUAUUCGAUCAUACGCUCACUUGCUCAAUGAAGCACUGGAUUGCUUUGCUUUGGAUAGGGAAGCGUCAUAUGAUGAAGAAACGCCUGAGAGCGAGUGCUUACUGGAUAAAAUGAAGUUAGUUGGGAGGAUGAUUGAAGUGUUGACACAACUUCAAAGCUUGAUUGAUAGAGUAAUGGAGUGCAGGCCAAGUGGGGUUGCAGCCAGGAGCUCCAUUGUUGAAAUAGCAAUGAAGUUUAUAAUCCGGGAUAGUUUCAUCUGUUACACAACAUUUAGAAGAGAAAUUGUUUUGGUAUUGGACAGUUUGUUUCAAAUGCCGUACAAAAGUUGCAUAUUGGCUUUUGGGAUCUACAAGAAAGCAGCUUUGCAAGCAAAUCAACUUUGUGAAUUCUAUGAUUGGUGUAAGGCAAUGGGGUUAUGUGGAGCAUAUGAAUACCCAUUUGUUGAUCGGAUUCCACAGAUACAAAUUCAGGCUCUCGAGACUUUUCUCCAUGGAAUGUGGCAGCUAACAGAUUCGUCGUUGUCAUCAAGUUCUUCAUCGGCAUCAUCGAACUUGACACCAAAGUUAACAGAAGAUGAGGGAGACAAACAAAUUGUAGUUAGAAAGGGAACUGUCGUGAGUACCGAAUGGGAGAAAUUUGAAGAAGAUGGAGUUGCUCCAAGCGAAGAGGAGAGAGAGCCAUUGAUUAGGUUUGAAGAUAGUGAAGAUGAUAGCUGGGAGGAUCUUCUCGAUGCAUCUGUAAACUUGCCUUGUGGUCAAAGCAAUUUGAAGGACGAGAGAAAGAGAACAGAUACAAGUGUAUAAUCCUGGUGCUGCAAAUCCUUUUUAUCAACCUUAUAAUAUGCCAUAUCUUCAUGGAUCAUAUCUGAAUAAACCCAUGUAUCUAUGGGGAAUGCAACUCUAGGCAAAUAAAAUUUCAUGUUAGAUUCAUACCUGAAAAUGAUUUAUGUAGUAAUGAAUGAAUAAACCUCGAGUGGACAUUACAUUGAUUCUUCUGUUCUAA